CGAUCCCUUUAAAAGCGCUCGAAACAGAAUCAGGUAUAUAGAAGAUCAAUCAAAGCUCUUACAAAAUAAGCAGCAUUUUCCAUUUUCAACUUAAGAUGCUUAAAUAAAAGCAAGCUGUACUCAUGAACUUUUUCGUCCCUAAAAGUGGGACUGAAAGCGUUUACUUUGCAUUUUAUUGUUUUUAAUUUACGACCAAUCGUUUGAUUUUAAAACAAUCUACUAAACGUUAGGAAAAACAAUGCCGAAUAAAAUUACCAUUCUUAUCAAAAAAAUACCCCCUUUCGCUCGGAAUAAAUUAUUUGUUUCAUUGCAGCUCUAAAUCUAAAUUUCUAUAGUCACAUCAGCUGAAUUUUAAACAGGCCUAAUUACUCCAAAAUAGCCAAGAAAGUUUUACCAUACCAGUUGACACGGAUGACACGGAACGAAUUACAUUCCAUCAGUUUAUUACCUUCGUCAAAUGAUAAUUCAACGAUAAUUCACAUUAUCUCUGAUUAUAUCGACAAAUUUACAACGCUUAUAUGAGACUUUGUUGGUGACAUAUCAAAAUUCGUAGCCUGAUUUUUGGGACAAGCAAAUGGUAUGUUUGAUUUUUAUCGAAGCGUAAUAACUGCAAUUCAAUAAUUUGACAACCUUUCAGCAAAUAAAUCAUCUGAUAGCGAUUGUAUCAAUGCUCGAAAAUUUAGCUCGAUUUUUUUCAUUACAUUUCCGUUUCCAUUUUCAUCAUUUGAACUCCAAAUACGAAAUUAAACGCCAAUUAUUGUUUCUGACUCUUAUUUCCUUCUGUUAGAAACAGCGAAAUUUUUUCCUGUUCUACUUUUCUUCAAAAAUAAAAAAAUGGAUUCAUUAAGAACUGAAGCCUCAAUACCCUCCCCUUAAAAACCGACCAGCUCAAUUCUCAAUUUUUCAAAAAAAACUAUUGUUACUAUUUUGAGAAAAAAUAAAGAGUUGAAGCUGACGGCGUGAUGAUAAAAGAAAAAGUUUUCAACAGCUUUGUGAUUUACUAUAAAUACCAAAAAUUGACAUUUAAGACUUAAUUUGGUCAAUUUUUUCAGCUUGAUUCAUUUGAGGUUAUCAAACCAACAACUGUUUUUAUCGUCUCUACCGCUUUACCUGGCUUUUAUCUCAAUUGGUUUCAAACCUUUUGCCAGAAGGAACAAGAACUUUGAAUUUCUUUGACGCUUGUUUUUAUUUUCACUGAAGCAGCUCACUACUGUUUUAGUUUCUGCACACUGAUUAGCCAUAUCGACUUUUCUAUCUACCUUCAAAUAAUUCAUAGAUUGGACUUGUAGUUGUUUUCUCUCUCGUUGAAAUGGCGUUGUCGCUUCAAAGUAAGCACAAUAGGCUGAUGCGUCCCGGGCGCCGUACUAACGUGUGGGAUGUUUUUACCUGCUGCUUUCCUCACAGUCACGACCCCCUAGAGUUUGGGGGUGACAAUGACACGGGCUACGAAGGGUCCCAAGACCUGGUGCCCCACCCUCACCCAAUCAAACUGGGACCCUCGAAGCUCAUUAGACGAGCAAGUGACACAUCACCUUCCAAGAAAUCAGGAUCAACGCCAAUACUAGCUCGACGCAAUUCAAAUUACAGUAACUGUCUAGAACCGCAGAAAGCUUCGGCCAACAAUAAUCUUCCCAAGAGUUCCUCCAAAGUAGACACCCCGAAUGGCGAUGUCGCUCAACUGUCGGUGUGUACGACAGGCCAGUCGGAAAACGACUCGUUUCUCAAUUCAUUUUCAGACUUUAUGAACAAAAUGUCAAAACCGAAAGACUAUUGCGGUGAAAUAAACUUCUCGCUGUACUACAACGAUUCUUUUCAGUACUUGAGAAUAUAUCUGUUCUGUGCUAAAAACCUUCUACCCAUGGACUCAAGUGGCUUUAGUGACCCUUAUGUAAUAAUGAAACUGAUUCCAGACAAGAAAAGGAGGCACAAAAGUUCAGUAAGGUUCAAAACUCUCAAUCCUAAGUGGGAGGAGGAGUUUUACUUUAGGAGUCUAGACUAUCAGAGGAUGUUUGGAUCUGUGCUUCGAUUGACUGUCAUGGACUAUGAUAGAAUGUCACCGGACGAUCCCAUUGGUGAGAUAGAAGUAGAUUUGCACACACUGCAGAGGAAUGAAGUGGUGAAGCUGAGCACUCCUCUGAGUAAGUCGUGCAGGAAGAAGAACCUCAGAGGCGAGAUCCAACUCACUCUCCUAUUUAACCCAGUCGGAAAGAUACUCCGGGUCACUGUCAACCAGGUGCGCAAUUUGAAGAGUAUGGAUGUGACGGGAAAAGCAGACCCUUAUGUAGUCGUUAAGCUGAUGUACAAUGGAAAAGUCCACUUACGACACCGCACCCAGAAGUUCUACAACACACUGGACGCUACUUUUGAUGAGUCAUUCCCGUUCCAGCUACCCCCAAUUCAAAACAGUCCACGUCUGUUAGGUCUAGAGGUCAAGGUCAAGGACUACGACAAGUUGAAGUGGGACGACGAGAUUGGUCGCAUAUCUCUGGGCUUCAGCAGCGGCAGGUCCACUGAAGAACAUUGGAAGGAGACGUUUGCCAACCCGGGCAAGUCAGUCACCCGGUGGCACGACAUCAAGAGCAAAUCCGUUGACUGAGAAAAAAAUAGAAAAAAUAUUCAGUUCUGGUUCAUUGUCUGUUCUUUACCAGUUUCCCCGCUUCUUUUCUGUGAUUAUAUUUAAA